CCGCAAACAUCUUACAACCGUUCAACAUGGCCAACUGGACAGCAACAUAUAGCAUGUUACCGACGCAAAGAUGGCGAAGAAGAACUUCCACCACCCUUUCACUCCGUAUGACAUCCAACAACAAUUCAUGGAGGCGGUCUACAACAGCAUCGAAUCAGGCAAAGUCGGCAUCUUUGAAUCGCCAACCGGGACCGGGAAGUCGUUGAGCCUGAUAUGCGGAUCUCUGACCUGGCUUCGAGAGCAUAAGCGGAAGGCUUUCGAUGAAGCCGUCGCUGCCAUCCAGCCUGACGAAGACGAGCCAGAAUGGGUAGUUGAGCAUGCGCGGGAAGCCAGACGGCAGGAGGCGCGGCAGAUGAAGGCUGACUUCGAGGCUCGUUUGGACGCGGUGCGUAGUCGAGAACGGAGACUUCGAGAGCGACAGAGUAAUGGCGAACCUCCAUUCAAGCGGCGUAAACCGGACACCGACUCCCCGCAUGGAACACAAUCUGAUGAGAAUGACUUUGUUCUGGACGACUACGAUAGCGGGGAUGAACUGCACUCGAAUGCAGGAGGGAAAAGCGAAUACUCGACGGAAACCACCAAGUUGAUGGAGAAGUUGGGAAUGCUCCAAGCCAAUGCUCAAAGCGGCGCUCUCGAUGAAGAUUUUGACGAGCUCAAGAUCUACUUCUGCUCAAGAACACAUUCGCAACUCUCCCAAAUCGUUGGCGAGCUAAAACGAAUCAGCUUGCCGCCUGGUCUGCCUCCCAAAGAUGACUCCAAGGAGGAACGAGAGGCUCUCAAACAUCUCACGCUCGGAUCGCGCAAGAAUUUGUGCAUCAACUCGAGAGUGUCGGCGCUAGGGAGCCAAACGGCGAUCAACGAGCGAUGCGUGGAGCUACAGCAGUCUUCUACCCGCCCUGACCAAAAAUGUGCAUUCCUACCCAACAAAGAGAACCAAAACCAAGUCUUCGAUUUUCGCGAUCACGCACUCGCGAAAAUUGGCGAUAUAGAAGACCUGGCAUCGAUCGGCAAAAAGCUUCAGAUAUGCCCAUACUACGCUUCGAGACCGGCCAUCAAUCCGGCAGAGAUUGUCACCCUUCCCUAUCCCCUACUCUUACAAAAAUCCGCUCGAGAAGCGCUUGGGAUCUCGUUGAAGGGCCACGUGGUGAUCAUUGACGAGGCCCACAACCUCAUCAACGCGGUGGAGAGCACUUACUCUGCUCAGAUCUCCGACCAACAAUUGCAUCGUGCUCGCGAAGGCUUGAUGGUGUAUCUUCAGAAGUUCCGGAACCGGCUGAAAGGUAGCAAUCGGGUGUAUGUCACUCAAGUCGUCAGAGUGAUCGACUCAUUGCUAUUAUUCACAACACAAGCUCGGACAAAGAACGAGGUUGGUGGUGGUGUCCAGCCAAAUGACUUGCUAUCCGGCAAAGGCGUUGAUCAAAUCAACUUGGCGAAGCUUGUUCGCUAUAUCAACGACAGCAAAUUGGCAAGGAAAGUGGAAGGCUACGCAGCAUACAUGAAGAACUCUGCUCAGAUGACCGGGCAGGCUCCAAAGGAGACUGCUCUUCCGGACAUACCGACGCUUACACAAAUCCAAACUUUUCUCCACACCCUGAUGAACCCGUCCAAAGAAGGCCAGCACUUUUGGGCCAAACAGAAUGACGACGUGGUGCUACGAUACCUGUUGUUGGACCCAUCCGAGCACUUUCGAGACAUUGUCGAGGAAGCGCGCGCAGUCAUCCUUGCAGGCGGCACCAUGUCGCCGAUGGACGAGUACAGACAACAACUCUUCCCUUACGUCCAUUCCAUCGAUACGCUGUCUUGUGGUCAUCUGAUUCCGACAAGUCAACUACUCGUGCGAUCCAUUACAGCUGAUAGCCAGGGUCCGCUGGAAUUCAGCUUCAAAAAUCGAGACGUUGCUGCAAGUGCUCAAAGGGUCGGGCGGGUUCUUGAAGACCUUGCUCGCGUGGUGAGAGGAGGUUUGGUCGUCUUCUUCCCCAGCUACGGCUUUCUGGACGAGACCACUACUCGUUGGAAAACGACAGGCGUAUUUGAAAAGCUCCACGCCAUCAAACCAGUUUACUGCGACGGCCGCAACGGUGCAGCCGAAGACAUCUUCAAAUCGUACAGCGAAGCCAUUCAAACGGGGCUUCAUGGAGCCACUCUACUCUCUGUACUCGGUGGCAAGCUGUCCGAAGGCAUCAACUUCUCCGACGACCUAGGCCGCUGCGUCGUCGUGGUCGGCCUGCCCUUUCCCAACCUCGAAACGCCAGAGUGGAAGGCAAAGCUGCGAUAUAUUGACGAGCGCGCUGCAGUGCGAGGACAAGCAAAGGGCAAAGCGAGUCGCGAGCACGCGGAGAAUGUGUGCAUGAGGAGCGUCAACCAGGCUAUCGGGAGAGUCAUCCGACACAAAGACGACUGGGCGAGUAUUGUGCUGAUGGACAGUCGGUAUUCUCAAGAGAGGAUCAAGGGGAAACUGCCUGCGUGGAUCAAGGCGAGUGUACCUGCGACAGCAGCGUCGAGUUCGGACGGAAUUGUGAUGGAUGUGAAGGUUUUCUUCGAGAGUAGAGAGUCUUGAUAGCAGAGAUACUCGCUGAACUCCAGUAUGAUCACG